AAUCACUCAGUAUAAAUAGAAUUCUCCAUUUUUUGGGGGAGAUUUUUUAGGGUUUAGUAAUUUCUCCCAAAUUCACCAUCAAUGUCGUCUUCAUCAUCGGAGCCGGAGAGCAACAUUCUGACCUUGAAAUCCGCCGAUAACGACGAAUUUCAGGUGGAAGCAUCCAUCGCCGUUCAAUCUACAACUAUCAAAAACAUGGUAGAGGACGGUUACACAGACAUUCCGCUGGUGAACAUCAGUAGCGAAGUCCUUAUCAAAAUUCUCGAUUACCUGAAAAAGCACGCGGAGAAUUCCGGUUGUAGCGAAGAAGAACUGAACGAAUUUGACAAUGAAUUCGUUAAGAUGAGUAUCAAAAAAAUGUCUCUGUUUGUAUACGCCGCUAGUUUCUUGCACAUUCCUGGUUUGACGAGCCUGUUAUGCCAGACGAUUGCUGAUAAAAUUAAGAACAAAUCGGUGAAUGCUGUUCGGAGGAUUUUUGAGAUUAUCAAUGAUUAUACACCGGAGGAAGAAGCAGAGGUUCGUGCUGAACAUGACUGGGCACAUGAAGGAGAGCUUGAUGAUACUGUUGAGGAAGACGAUGAGGUUCGUGAUGAAAAUGAUGGAGAGAGUGAUGAUAACGAAACACCAGACGAUGAAACAGGUGAAAAUUGAUAACGACAUUGUUGAAUACUUAGUUUGUGUUCAUGGUUUUUUAGCUUGUUCAUCAAUGGAGUAAUUUGGGGAUUUUGAUUAGUUUCUGGAAACUUGUAAACUGUUACUCUGUUUCUGCUUCAUUGAUAAAUGAAUUGGAUUCUUGUGAUUU